UUGACAUCCCUAAACCAUGGAAAUAGGGUUGCAAUAGCCACGUGCGCCUUCAGGGAGUGAUAAGAAGAAAUUAGUAAUUACACCGACGGAGAGGAUAGAAAAUACGGACCAUUCGAAUAUGAAGAUCAAGGCCGAGAAAACACCGAUGAAGCGUUCAGGGGUGCCUCGCACCGCUGCGCCUCGCAACUCUAUUAACGUAUGGAGUGUGCAAUGUCGGGAUUGUUUCAAGUGGAGGAUAAUUCCAACCCAAGAAGAGUAUGAGGAAAUCAGAAAAAAAUUUGUUGAAGAUCCGUUUGUCUGCACUAAAAAAAUUAAUGUCUCUUGCAAUGAUCCUACUGAUAUGGAGUAUGAUAAUUCACGUGUAUGGGUUGUUGACAAGCCAAAUCUGCCCAAAACUCCUCCGGGAUUCCAUAGAGGAUUGGUGCUGAGGAAAGAUUUUUCAAAACUUGAUUGUUACUAUAUUGCUCCCAAUGGUAGGAAAUUGAGGGCAGGUACUGAAGUUGCAUCAUUUCUGAAAGAAAAUCCGGAGUUUAAGGAUUUGUCCACCUCAGAUUUCAGUUUCUCUGUUCCAAAGGUCAUGAUGGACACUGUUCCUGUUGAUGCGGCAAAGGUGGAGGUAAAGGUGGAAUCAAGUGGUGGCAGUAAAUGAAAAAUUUCACCAGAAUAAUAAUAACAAUAAGAGGAGAAGCCACGGGAGGAUCUCAUCUUUCUACAUUGAAAUUUGCAUCAUUUUCUUAGAUAAUCGGGUUCACUUGAGGUUUUGAGCUGUGUGUUGCUUUAAGAUGCACGUGUUUGAAGCUUCUUUGUCUUAUCCCUCUCAAUGUUGAGGAAAUCAAAAGAGAUGAACAAAUUGUGAUUGUUGGUGGGAAGAACUUGACAAAUAUGAGGUGCUGAAGAACUGGAAAAUUACUGUGGUCUUUUCUUAUUGAUGAUGGCAUGACACAUUGGUUCGCUUGGUGUUCUAUCAUGUAGUUGAUUAUUCACUAGAUAAAAUAUGAGAGAUCCAGAAGAUCCAGACCGGUCUGGCCCGAGGGAGUAAAUCCCCGACUUGAAUCUAUUUACAUUAAUUGAUGUACAAUACUAGUGACAUUAUAUUAAUUUGAGGAGAAAACAAGUUGAUCAUCAUUUGCCUUUCUGAAAUAUGGAUUUUAUUAGCUUCCUUUUUGAGAUAGGUUAAAUUUUUUUUCCCAAUCUUUUGGAAGAGGGUAACUUGAAUUCUGAUAUUGAGUUAUUUUGCUGAGUGUUCUCUAACAUUUUCUUUGUUUUGGUCAUUCUGGCUUGGAAGCUAAUUAGUUAUAUGCAUGUACUAUUUUUUUCCAUACCGGGUGGCUGUUGCACCCUGUUUCUUGUUUUUCCUUCCAUAUACAGUUAUUACAUAGAUUUUGCCUUUCAGUACUUUUGGAA